CCUGGGGGUGGGAGGGGGGAGAGGGAUUUGGAUCUUGAUUUGGCAUCGGAGCUGGAGGAGCACGAUUACGAGCUGUCUGGGUACAAGAAGUCGGGAUUGGUCUGUGGGGUUACGGAGAAUGCGGGAUAUGGUCGUCUCAUCUUUUAUGGUUUGCAGCAUUACCUAUCAUUAGCUGGUUCACUUGUAUUCAUUCCGAUCAUUAUGGUUCCAACUAUGGGUGGAACAGAUGUGGAAACUGCUACUGUUAUUUCAACCAUGCUGUUAAUAUCUGGUCUUACAACAAUUAUGCAAUCUUUUUUCGGUACUAGACUUCCAUUAGUACAGGGGAGCUCAUUUGUAUAUUUGGCUCCAGCUUUGGUUAUAACAAAUUCUGAAGAGUUUCGAAAUCUUGGUGAGAAUAAAUUCAAGCACAUAAUGAGAGAACUGCAGGGGGCUAUUAUUGUUGGUUCAGUUUUUCAUGCAGUCUUGGGAUACAGUGGUCUUAUGUCACUGCUUCUAAGGUUGAUAAAUCCGGUGGUGGUUGCACCUACAGUUGCUGCAGUAGGUCUGGCAUUUUUCAGCUAUGGUUUCCCUCAAGCUGGAACUUGUGCAGGAAUAAGCGUUCCCUUGAUUUUGUUGGUCCUUGUUUUCACUCUGUACCUGCGAAGAAUUUCCAUCUUUGGGCAUCGUGUAUUCCUAGUCUAUGCGGUUCCUCUUAGUGUUGCAAUUGUAUGGGCAUAUUCAUUCUUUUUAACAGCAGGAGGGGCAUACAACUAUAAGGGAUGCACUGCAAACAUUCCAAGCUCGAAUAUAUUAUUAGAUGGGUGCAGAAGACAUGCACUAACCAUGAAGUUCUGCCGUACUGAUGUGUCUAAUGCAUGCAGAACUGCUGCUUGGGUUAGGAUUCCUUAUCCUUUCCAGUGGGGUUCCCCGACUUUCCAUUUCAAGACCACUAUCAUAAUGAUUAUUACGUCACUAGUUGCGUCAGUUGACUCGAUUGGUUCAUAUCAUACUGCAUCUUUGCUGAUCAAUAUGAGGCCUCCAACACCUGGAAUUGUCAGUCGAGGGAUAGGUUUUGAAGGAUGUUCAAGCAUUCUUGCUGGACUUUGGGGUACAGGCACCGGCUCAACAACAUUGACCGAGAAUGUACAUACCAUUGACGUGACAAAGAUGGCCAGCAGAAAGGCUUUGCAACUUGGAGCAGCAUUCUUGAUCCUCUUCUCAUUUGUAGCAAAAAUUGGUGCACUUCUUGCAUCGAUACCUCUGGCAUUGGCUGCUUCUGUUCUAUGCUUUACUUGGGCUCUAACUGUGGCCCUUGGCCUAUCAACUUUAAAGUACACCGAGUCUGCAAGCUCAAGGAACAUCAUCAUUGUUGGAUUUACUUUGUUCAUCUCCCUCUCAGUUCCUGCAUAUAUUCAACAAUACCAGCCCAUUUCCACCCUUAUUCUGCCCAGCUAUCUAUUACCUUAUGCAGCAGGCUCCGCUGGACCAGUUGAUAUUGGAAGCGAAAGGCUCAAUUACGCGCUGAAUUCUCUUCUUUCACUCAACAUGGUGGUAGCUCUUCUGGUUGCAUUUGUUCUCGACAACACAGUUCCCGGCACCAAACAAGAAAGAGGAGUUUAUAUUUGGUCUAAGUCUAGUAACGUCGACAUGGAUCCAGCUGCUCUUGAUCUUUAUAUGUUACCUAAAAGAAUCCGGGGUUGCUUCAGGUGGGCUAAAUGUGUUGGUUCAUGAUCCCUUCUUGAUAUGCCAGUGCCGAUAUUGAUAUGUCUCAAACUGUAAAGCUACAUUUUUUAAUUUUGAUGGUUCUUCUGUUACAAUUUUUACAUGGUAAUUGCAUCUGAGAUAGAUAUA